GCCAUCUGACAAAGACGCACUGCCUUCCGUUGGGUGGUUUUGGAUGCAUACUAACUUGUGUCGCAAGGACGUCAUUGAUUAUCACUUAUUGUCCGAAUCCGUGUCUUCAUUGACCGUGUGUGAAAACAAAAUCACCUCGGUGCAACAAAACUACAGAGAAAGAAUCAUUUUAGCGAGGUACAGUAAACGCGUGCGUGACAGUGUGCCUGCUGCAUCUUUGAGUACUUAAUCGUUAAUUAUCCCCCCAAAAAAAACCCGCCCAAGAUGGAUGAGGCACAGAGCGUUCGCCAGAUCCAGCAGAUGGUCAACUUCAUUUUGAAUGAAGCCAAGGACAAGGCAGAAUAUCAACUGCAAAAAUGUCUGGGUCUGGAAGAAUGAAACUUGUGGUGCUGAACUUGGAUUCCAAAAAAAUCUGUAUUGCAUGAGCAGCAAAGAGAACGUAAUUUGUGCUACGCGGAGAGGGCAUUUGUCAUGCGGAAUAGGCAUCGAGAAGCCCUCAAAAAAUCUGUGACGCUAGGGCAUGCAUCACCGACAUCAUGGCUCAUGCAAAACGUGCAUGACAAGUCUCAGAAUCUUGCAGACCCAGACAUAUUUGCAAUCCAUACAGAAGAGAUCGAUGCGAAAACGCUGGAAGAGUUCAACGUCGAAAAGCUGAAGUACGUGCAGGCACAGAAGGUAAGGAGUAGUUGUAACACUACAGGAGGAGGAAAACAUGCUGCAUUUGUAGAUGUAGCUUAAGCUUUCUAUAGGGGCUGUCACGCUGCAUGGGCAUUGGUUAUGGUUUGCAAUUCAUUGCAUAUACGAAUAUGACAUGCAGGAUGUUGAGGAGACCUGGUUGUAGGUUCUUUGAAUGCGUCUAUGCGAAGUGCACAUCUCUGUUCUUAUCAGGACAAAAUCCGAACGGAGCUGACGGAGAAAAAGAAGAAGCAGGAAACCGCAAUGGCCAUCGCCCGCAGUUCCGCCAUCAACCGAGCGCGUAUGCAGGCGGUCGAAGCCAGACAAAACGCUAUGGUAGAAAUUUUUCAACGGGCGCGUGCUGGGUUGUUGGCAGGCACUGUAUGCAAAUGCAGGAAUAAUAUAUAAAAACGAAAAUCGAAUAUGAAUAAAAGAUAAAGGAGUGUCAAAAGUGCAGUAAAAACACGAAAACCAAAACAGACUGCGCUGAAGACAGAGUGCGAGGCGAAUUUGUCCGCCGUGACCAAUUAUGGAUUGCAAAAGUGUCUGGGUCUGGAAGGAAGAUCUGAACUUGUGAUGCGCAUUUUAGAACACAGAAAAAUCUCUCAUGCAUAGGUAGCAAAAGCUGCCCACUUUCUGUCACCAAAAUGGGGGAUUUCUCGUGCGGGUUCAGCAUUGCGGAAGCUUGUCGAAACCUGUGAUGCUAGAGCUUCCAUGCCAGACCUGCUGUGUCAUGCAAAAACAGCAUGACUCUUCCAGACCCAGACAUUUUUACAUUUGAUACCAAGGACCGAGCCCGAUACUCCGCUUUGUGCUCCGACCUGAUUGUCCAGGGCUGCUUGAAGUUGAUGGAGGACUCAGUACUAUAAUUACACUGGUGUGUCGUGAUCCUGGUCUUGAUGUUCUCCAUGCGUCACAAAAUCUUCUGGCUGCAAAGAAAUGCGUCCUUGCAUGCGAAAGUAGUUGACGCCACAGCACAAUCUCGUACCGUGCGUAGAAGCAAGUGAAAGUUCCCAUGCAUUGCUUGCGUGUCAGAUGUCAGUUCGAAAACGAAAUGCAAUUCCGAAUUCGAUCAGGUCACCGUGAAGUGCCGCAAGGAGGAUGAACAGUCCGUCAAGGCAUCUUUGGAUCAGGCCUCGCGAAAAUACACGGAUAUUAUCAAGAAAGAGACCGGCGUGCAGAAGACGGUAUUGAUUGUUCAUACUUGUUACCGCGUGCUGAAGAUUUUUUCCUCUUGUUGUGGUAAUGCGCUUUUUAUUAUUGUUUCGUUUUUUCGCAGUGCAAGUCUUAGUUGGCCAACAGUGGAUGUAUAGUUUGUUGUAAAUCGCGGAAAGCAACCACUAGUACGCUCAGCGUGAAGUAGUGCUUUUCAUACGAAUCCAUCAGGUCCGGCUUGACCUGUCUAAUGCCUGGUUGCCGGCCUCCUGCGGUGGCGGGGUGGUCCUGACCUGCCAGGGCAACACGAUCAGCAUCGAUAACACCAUGUUCACUCGGUUGGGCCUCGUCGUUGACAACGAUCUCCCGAGUCUGCGCAAGAUGCUCUUCCCGAAGAAGAAGUGAGUGGAGCAAGCAUGAUCCGUAGUUUCGAUUGAUACUUCUUUUUGUCUUGCUUGCUGGAGAAGGUCGCAAAUUCUACUUGUGAAGAAGACCCACGUGUUUGAUACUAUACCUAUACUGACUACUUUGUCAACAGUUUUUCACCGGAAAAAUCCUUUGGAUGAUGAGCUAUUAGAAGCAGAAACUGGCCGCGUUACUUAUGCUGAGACCAGAUUCUUGAAAAGCAUAAGCGAAUUUGUCCUUACAUGGGAGAAGGAGCUGCUACGGUGCGGUGAAAUAACGCACCGCAUGAAAAUUCAUUUACGUGGAGCAUCCAUCUACACUUCUUCCUUACGACUUUUUAUAGUUCUUUGAAACUACUUGUUGAAUCCAUCCUGAUGUGCGAUCAAAGAAGAACAGAAAUAGACAAGAGUACACGGUGCUAAACGUAUUGCCCCGGGCACUGAAAAAUUACGUCUGAUAAAAGCACACAGGCCGGUGAUAUCAGUUUUUUGGCAAAGGGUGCGAAGCGUUUGCAGCGAAGAAAGACACCGAAAAG